AUGAACCCACUUUUGGAAUUAGGUCUCACGCAUAAAAUUGUUGUGGCUGUGUUGAGUGUCUUAACCAGUGUAACAAUCGGCGGAAAUCUAUUGGUUAUGAUAGCGAUUCUCCUUGAGCCGCGCCUGCGACAAAGUGUGACAAAUUGUUUUAUUUUCUCCCUAGCCGCCGCAGACCUACUUUUGGGUACGGUGGUUAUGCCCUUCUCAAUCGUGGAAUAUUGGCGGCAGCGUUAUGUGGACGAAUACACUCAAAAUAUGAACCAUGAUUCAACUUUCGAACUGUGGCCUUAUGGCCAAGGAUGGUGUGACACAUGGCAUGCUUUCGAUGUGUUGAGCUGCACCGCAUCUAUACUCAAUCUAUGUGUUAUUUCUGUAGAGCGAUAUAUUGCAGUCUCCGAUCCUGUUAGCUACCAGACAAGGGUGACCCAUUCACGAUCAAUCAUCAUGAUCGCCAGUGCAUGGAUCUGUUCUGCACUUAUCUCGUUCCCAGCCAUUGUCUGGUGGAGAGCUUCGCUUAGUGACAAAAUGAAGGCAACGAACAGUCCCCUCAAUUCUACAGCCGUGGAACUGGAAUGCUUGCCCAAGGUAUCAACAACAGACUGUGUAUUUCCCGACAACCAGCUUUAUCUGUUCCUAUCUUCGUGUGUCUCUUUUCACAUUCCCCUCGUCGUGAUGAUUGUGGUUUACUGGCGCAUCUACAGAUCGGCUACAAAAGUACUCAAAUCACUGGAACGUGGGGUAAAAAUACUCAAUAAUGGUGAUUUGAUUAUCCGCGUUCAUCGAGGUGGAAGUUGUAAACCCGUUAAGAAACCCACAACUAGCAUGUGGUUAUCGAACGCUGCAGCCAAAACGUCCAGCGGAGAAGUUGCUGAACCACGUCCGGUGGGGUCAAACUCUUAUUCCGACGUUUGUUCGUCGGACAGAGCGGCUUGUGAGGAAAUCGCUUUGGCUUCACCACAGGUCCGCACUGAUUCUUGUGAAAGGCCAAUAUCUGUUAUGAAGCACGUCAGGUUUGUCAAACUAAAGAACAGUAGCCACAAAUUGGAGAAACGUUCGGGCUGUCGGUGUGACUGUCAAACGUGCUGUGGUUGUGCGUCCUUUGUGUUUCGAUGCCGCGGUAGUCUCAAUCCUGAAGACUGCAGUGACGAUGAAAUCUUGCACAGUGAUAGGAGACCCAGGUUGUUUAGCUUCAAAAAACGUAUCAAUCGUUUUCUGCAGGAGAAGCGUGCAGCCAAGACUUUGGGUAUUAUUAUGGGUGUGUUCAUCGUUUGCUGGCUGCCGUUUUUUGUGUAUAAUACACUUAAAAGCAUCCAACCAUCUUGGACUCAGUCACAUGAAUCUAUUUUGUUCCCACUUCUCACGUGGCUUGGUUACGUAAACUCCAGUAUUAACCCAUUUAUCUAUGCCUAUUCCCUUCGUGAUAUUCGACGAGGAUUCAAUCAUUUAUUUUGCAUAUUUCGACGGAAAACCUGGAAUCAUGCAACACAUUCAUCUGAAUCUAAAAAAUAG